UUUUGGUUUGCUAUUUUCAUUUUCUGUGUGUCUGUGUGUAUGCUUUUCUCAGGUGUGGUCGGAGUGGUUAUGUGAAUAUUGCGCUUGUGCGUUGACACGGAAAACGUUCAUCCUUCUUGUAACUCCAGAAAAUACUUAAAUUACUCUGAAACUAGUUGUACUGUAAAGAAACAAGUUGAUGACUCAAUGGGUGACUAUCAGGAGGAGGUAAAAAACAGGUCACUAGCCGGAAAUGCUGCUAUUGGAUUUUUUGUGGUGGCAUUUGUUUCAAUAUUUGUGGCAUUUGCCACUCCCAGUUGGCUAGUUUCAGACCAAAGGAUAACAGGAGCAAAACUAGAUCGAUUGGGAUUAUGGGUUCACUGUUUCAGAUCUCUCUCUGAUCCUUACCACUCCGAUCAAGCCUACCGAAGAUUUUUCGUUGGCUGUCGAUGGAUCUAUGAUCCAUUUACGACUGGAUAUGACCAGAUACGAGGAUUUUUAAUACCCGACUUUAUGAUAGCGACUCAAUUUUUCUUUACAAUUUGCUUCAUUGCUGUCUUACUUGGAGCAAUCAUGAGUUUGAUAUAUUUCCUGUGUUGCGGACCGGAGCAGAAACAAUUUAUCAUACUCAUAAUCAUAAAUUCUAUAGUUUUAUUUGUGGGAGGAAUCGCAGGAUCUAUAGCAGUAAUAGUUUUUGCUUGUUUAGCUAAUAAAAAUGGAUGGAUGCCUGGUCAUGACAACAAUUUCUUUGGCUGGUCAUUCGCCUUAGCAUGUAUUGGUGUAAUAGCCUGUUUCGUAGCAUCGGUGUUGUUUUUUGUGGAUGUGCAUGUACAAAGAAAGAAAAAAAGAAGACUCACAGAAUCACAAAGCAGGUUCGAAAUGGAACCAGAACACAAAGGCUGGUAACAACAAAUUUCCAUGACUAGUUGUUAAUUUUUAUAUUUGACAUAAUGCUAUUAUGAUUACAAAUCUACAGUUUGAGUAACUGUCAAAGAUUUAGAUUACCAUAGAGUUUAAUAGCAUUUAAUAUGGAGGUAAUUUUAACAUUUUAUAUUUUAUUUACACAUUUUAUAUUUGACUUCAUAUUUUUUAAAUGUUUUUCCAACUUUUUUUCUGACUGUACCGGAUGAGGCAAGAUGGAAAACUGCAUGAUCUGCAAUGAUUCAAAGUAGUUAUUCAUUUUAUGUAUUUUCCUAUUUUGGUUUUUUUAUACCUAGUUGGUAACUCUGAGAAAUAUACUGAUAAUAUCUUUAAAUAUUUUCAAAUGGGAAAGUAUUAAUAUUGUGAAUAUUCGGACAUAUUGUAGAAUAUUAUUUAUAGUUUAAUUCAUAUUUAUCAAUUAUUACUAAGCCAACCAAGUAUUUGUUUGUCAUAAUUGACUUUGCUUUUUGACAAGUGAUGAGCGUUUUAGAGUUAUAUUUUAGACUACUGUUUGAUUUCAUGACUCAUAAUAUGAAUAUAUUAUAUUCAUAUAUAAUCGAAACUAUGAUCUAUGCAAUAACUGAUAUACAUUGUGAGUGGGGUCUAGUGGGGAGGAACGCGCCAACAUUUAAGACUGUAUAAUAUACGUAGUAAUAAUUAAAAAUAACUCUUACGUUAUUAUUCGAUUUUCAUUUGUUUCCAAGACACGGUUCAAAUGUUCAAAUUCUUCUUACAAACUGACGAUUUAUUUAUUUAUUUAUUGCUCUAAAAUCGGAUGAGGUGUGCAAAUGGAAUUUGGUGGGUUUUAAGACAUAGUUAUUGCGCAUUUCUUCACACACAAUUAAGAAUUUUAUAUUCGCCAUUAGCGCGCCAACGGGUAAUGGUCUGAAAUUUUUUAAAGAAAAAAAAAAUAGUACGCCACUGAGAUAUUUCAAAUUAAAAACUAUUUUUGAAUUCCUUGUUCAAUUUCUGACAAAAAAUCUAUCUUCCCGUUUGUUCAUACGACGCUUCGUUUUCAUGCAAAAAAUAAAAUAUCUUAACGCUUACAAAGUAUUCGAAAUAUGUAAUCAUACACAUUCAUACAUAUAAUAUCUAUGUAGAAACUUAGUCGAAAACUAUGUAAGCGUUAAGAUUUUUUAUUUUUUGCAUGAAAAUGAAGCGUCCCAUGAAAAAAGGGAAGAUAAAUUUUUUGUCACAAAUUGAACGAGAAAUGUAACAAAUAUUUUUAAUUUGAAAUAUUUCAGUGGCGUACCAUAUUUAUGUUUAAAAAAUUUCAGACUAUUACGCGUACGCGCGCCAGUGGUUAAUAUAAAAUUCUUAAUUGUAUGUCAAAAAAAUACGCAAUAACUACGUCUUAAAACCCACCAAAUUUCAUUUCCACACCUCAAGAGAUUUUAGAGCAAUAAAUAAAUCGUCAGUUUGUAAGAAACAUUUUAACACAGUCUUAAAGUUUGGCACGUUCCUCCCCACUCACCCUGUAUAUAUUUAAAUACAUUUUUCAUUAGUAACUAUCCACUAUCCGGUACAGUCAGUUAGCUGUCAAUUGUAACAUUUGGCAUAUAUUUAUAUGGAAUUACAAAUUGUGACAAAUUAAACCAUUUUAAGAUUUUAAUUGGUAACAAUCAAUGAAUUGCAAACAAUUAAGUAUAAUAAUUAUUGUACUAAUUUUGAUAGUUUUUAAAACAAUAACGACAAUGAAUUAGCUUUUAGGUUGUGCCUAUAAAUUAAUGUUGAAACAUAUAUGACAAAGUCCUGACCCUGACUUCCUUUUUUAAUUGAACUGAUUUAUGCAUAAAGCAAUUUGUUUACUUAUAAAACUACUUCAAUAUUUUUAUGUACCAAGUUGAAAGUUAUUAUUCUUAUAUUUUUUUUCAACUGGUGAAGUCACUAAGAUGUACACACAAUUUAUUUAUUUUAUUUAAAUAAUUUCGUAACCAUAAGAAAUAACAACUACAUAGUUGAAAUAGUUACAUACUUAACUAUUAUAUAAUGUACCCAAAGUUCUAACAUUAGAUUACAUACUGUGCGAAAACUACAUAACCAGCCAGGUUUCCAUCAGUAUCUACAAUAAUACUAGAAAAAAAAACACAGGGAAACAAUUAACGUUACUUAAAUGAGGAAAGACUUAUCUUGCCACCCUUUUACUUCUUCCUCGUUAUUCAUAGCAUUCAGAGAGUAUAAUAAUAAGUACUGAGUUUAGUUCUAGAAGGAUCAAAUACUUAAUGUCUUGAGAUUUCGGUAGAAAUUCGCUCCUGUUUGGUCCAAUUUUUUUAUUUUUUUUUUUAAAUAUGGAUGUCCCAAAACAUCUAAUUCAUUCUUCUCAAAUACUUAUACUAAAACAGUUUCGGAGUGGUAACGGCCAACAACGUCUUUCCAAACCAUAGACCAAAAUCUGGUUUAGACCCAUAUUAUUCAAUAUAUGGAAAGUAUGUAUAUAGAAAAGUCUAGCAAAUAUGGAGAGGCGGAGUAACAAUAUGUGGCAAAAUAACCACGAAUCUUGGAUAUGCGAAUAAUACCCCAAUGUUACCCUGCUCAGACUAGGAACUGCUCCAAAUAAUGAACAAGCUGUACAUGGUGAAAAGGGAAUAUGGUCAAAUUGUUGAAACAUAUUUUUUGAUAUUUUCUAUAAUACGGAUAUUGCGCAUUUCUACGCAUUAUUGUGACACCUGUAAGUGGUGUAAACGGUUGCCAACCCCAUUAAAUUGCCACGAGUACAUACUUUUAAUGGUUUAAAACAUGAUACAUGCACAAUGUUCAGUGACUUAAAACAUACCAAUAUAUGCAUACAUUUGUAACACAAAUGUCUUACAAAUUUAUGAGUUGCUGUUGGUCAUAUUUGCUUUUAAUCAUCAUUCAAUCUUCGCUUGUCCACUGCUGAACAUAUAUCUUCCUCAUAAUUUUCGAUUUCGUGCCUUCUGCAUCCAAUUCCUAGGACCACGUUUUGGAUCGUCAGUCCAACGUGUUGGUGGACGACUUCUGCUUCGGUAGGCAUUAUCUCUUGGUCUCCAUUCCAGUAUCCGAUUUGUCCAUCUGUUAUCUGUCAUUCGAGCCACGUGACCAGUUCCACUUCAGUGUUACUAUUCUCUCUAAAACAUCAACCACCCCUGAUCUUCGUCGUAGCUGGCGGUUUGGGAUCUUGUCUCACAGUGAAACGCCCAACAGCACGCUCCAUCGCUCUUUGAGCCACACGGAUCUUUUGCACUGUUCUCCUUGUCAUGGUCAACGUUUCCGCUCCGUAAGUUAUUUGCGUUUCAUUGGUGGUCUUAAUUUCCCUUACUUAUUUUGGGCCUAGGCGGCUUCGUUGCAUACAUUUGUGUUGUGUAUCAUUAAGUGUACACAUAUAGUCCGUCCGCUAUAACUUUUCCCAUGCGGUACGAUUCAUUUUCAAUCAAAUUAAGUCAAAACAUAAAUUGAAACGAACGUCGAUGUGUAUAUACAUUUUGUAUACUGUAUACUACACAAAUCGGCGUACGUUUCACUUUCUGUUUUGACUUAAUUUGAUUGAAAAUGAAUCGUACCGCAUGGGAAAAGUUAUAGUGGACGGACUAUAUGUACGGUGCGUACAAUUUAAUAUCCACUCCGACCAAUUGUAGAGGAACUGUACUCGUACAUAGUUGGUCAGAGCCUUCAAAGCGACGACCGGGCAUUGUUUUUGACUUUGUAGUAGCAACCUAACCAAUAUCAUUCGGCACCAAACCCAGAUACUCACUUCUGAGGCUGUUUUUUACUGUUAAUUACACCUUAUAGGUAAUGAACGAUGUGUUUUAUCUGUGUGGUUUGUAAAUUAUUGUGUCAGCAUAAUCCAACUUGGAAAUAGCUAUAUUUUCACUUUGUUGCUACAACAUAAAUGAUAUAUAAACCUCUCCCUGUAUAUUUUCUUUCUUCCUCUCUCCGCCUCUCCCUCCCUCUCCCUCCCUCUCUCAGUGGAAAAACUUUUGGACGCAAUGCCAGAUUAAUAGAGGUAAGAACUUUGAGAUAUUUUUUAAUAAGACAACUAAUUCUUCUUCUUACGGUGCCUAUCCGUUCCAGAUUUGGCUAUCCUAACUUUGCUUGAUGCUAUUCGGCAUAGUCCGGUUGUCGAUGUAUUGAACCAAUUUCUCAGGUUUUGAAGCCAAGAUAUUCUUUUUCUCUCUGGUCCUAUCUUUCCAAAUACAUUGCCGUGAAGAAUGACUUGCAACAAGCCAUAUCUCUGUUCAUUCCUCAUAACAUGGCCAAGAUAUUCUAGUUUGCGCUCUUUGAUGGUGUUAAUAAUCUCGCAUUCCUUUCCCAUUCUACGUAGGCCCUCAACAUAAGUCACACGAAAUUCUUAAAAUGCGUCUGUAAAAACACAUCUCGAAUGCCUCUAGUUUUCUUAAAGAAGCUGCGGAAAGUGGUCAGGCCUUUAUUAAAUAUAAUAACGUAGAUAAUACAUAGCAGAUAAUACAUAGCAUCUGACGAUAGAGAUUUUGGUACCAAGUGGUAAAUCGUGACUUCUGAAAAGAGAUUUUAUCAUUAUGAACGCUGAUCUCGCUUUUCAUAUGCAUUUUUUUAUUUCACUAGCAUGGUUCCAUUGGCUAUUUAUGUUGGUACCAAGGUAUGUGUAGCUGUCCACCCUGUCAAUUGGUUGUUGGUUAACCAAAACCGUGUAUUUAAUAUUUUGCACUUACUGACUACCACUUACUUUGUUGUUUUUUUGUAUUGAGAUUAAGUCCAUGUUCUCUAGAAGUAAUUGAACAACCACAAAUGAAUUGAAACAAAUAGUAUAUUCAGUAAUUACAUUGGAAAACAGACUAUGAUUAAAUGAAAGUUCUUCUUUAAGUGCCUUCUUCGUUCCCAAAGUUGCCAAUAAUCGUCAAGGCUAUUUAUAUUUUCGAGAUUCUUGAUUUACACAGAUGGUUAUUGGUGGUUUGAAGCAUUCGCGUAGACCGGGAGAUCAGGCCAUGAUAUCACUACAUACACUCUUUCGAAAGUCAAUGUUAAAAAUGAGAUUAUUCAUAUACUGCAUGAUUGUCCUACAAACUGUACUAACUGGAACUAUAGAUCCUAAGAUCAUAUAAAGAUGUAAUAUUUUGAAUUUUUAUAUUAUUAAAAACAUAUAAGGAAAUUGAAAAUAAUGGAUUGAACUGUGUUACAAAAAUCUUGUCUGUCAAUUUUACACAAAAAAUUAAUUGUUAAAUACAAUUGAUUUUAUUUUAUUUCCAUUCUCUAAAAACGUGCCUACAUUAAUUUUAACAAAUAUCUUCCAAAAUAGGGGAUCAUCCUUGACAGUUGUUUCAUUGACGCUCAUCGAUUUUAUAUUACUUAUUUGCUUGUAAUGAGGAAGAGCAAUAAAGUCUGACUAUUUCGGAAAUAUUAGGACAUUGGGUGCAUUAUAAGUCUCAAAAUACUUGUAAACAUGCGUAAGUAAUUAUAUUAACGCGUUGGCUGCCGUGUGACACAAAUGUUGUGUCUUAUGUUGUUUUCGAUACUCCGUGUACACACUGUAGUUCAUAGUCAUCAAUGGCCUUAUAACUCUUCGUGAGACUUUGCCGCGUUUACUAUUGCCUUCCAUGUUUGUCGGUCCUGUGCCACUACGUGCCAAAGCGUAGUUGUCUCGUUAGUAUAGAAGCGUGAGCCUCAUGGUCAUUAGGACCGAUUUUUUUAAUAUUAUGGCAGUCAGUGUGUUAAAAAGGAAGUUGGGGUUAUUUAAUUUAAAUAAAAAGAAAAUAACUUAAUUCUAAAUCACUCGAUUCUACUAAAUAUUCAGAGAUAAGCGAAUGAGUCGUCGCAAGAAAUAAUCCAGUUGUAAAAUUUUGAACCAACUACGUAUUUUUUUUUCGUUGUCUCUCUGGUAUGCGUAAACUAUUUUAUAAGAUCUUAAAUCGAUUCUCAUAACGUGUUAUAUGAUCCAUUGACUGCAAUUUUCUCAUUGUUUCUUAGAAUAAAGAGAUGAUAACAUUUUAUGAAAACACUCUUAAGCCUUUUACUUGGUUUCUUUCGGAAUGUGCAGUAUUCAACACAAUGGAACACGCCUUAUCCUUUUAUUGUGUAGUAAAGUUCUGAGCUUAUCCAUAAACAUUUUUAAUACUGUCUUAUUAGCGGAGCUUUAAAAAAAUGUAAUACCUGUAUGGUAUGUAAAUGUUAACAAAAUUAUACAAGUAUACAGCUGCAUCCAGAUGUAUAUGUUAUAGUCAAAGCCCGAAUUUCAGGCACUCCUAGGUUUGACUAGGCAAUCCUCAGGUCUGACUGACGAUCUUAGUCAAAGCCCGAAAUAAAGUUACAGUUUCGGCCUUUGACUAGUCAAACCUAGGAGAGACUAAGUUGGUCAGGCAAAGGUCGAUAUUAAAUUUUAUGAAAUCGGGGUUUGACUAGUCAAACCCCGAUCAGCUAUUAAAAUGUCGUAAUUUGUUAGAUUAGGAUUAAUAAAACGUCAUUUUUUAAUUUUAAUGUUUAAUAUUUUUAUAUUAUCGUAAUUAAAAUAAAAAAAUAGUGUUUAUCUACUCUAUGUCAUAUGCUGUAUAAGUUUUUAGUUUGUGAAAACUGACAUUAUAGAUAGCAGUGCGUGAAGGGUUUAAAGUGUGCGUGAAGUAACAAUGUAUUUUAAACGGGAUUUACUUUUUCGCACUGUUUUUGACACACUCUCAUAUAUAUAAUCAAAUAUCCUUAACUUUCACGUUGUCAUGGUGAUGACACAAUGAGCAAUAAAUUACAACAAAAAUUUUGACAGUUUUGUGGUUUGAAAGAAAUUAAAAUUUUUAAAUGUCAAAGUUCAAAAAAUUGUAGAAUAGAAAUGAAUUCCAGUGACGAAGAGUUACAUUUUUUUUAUGUUUAUCGUAGAUAAAAUAUUGUAUGAAACUGUGCGUGAAGUACUUUUUGCGAACUUACGCGAUGUAUAGCACGCGAUCCGUUGUCGCUCGUGCUCUAAACAUCGCGUGCGUUCGCAAAAAGCAUACAUCACGAACUGUUUCAUAAAUAACUGUUAUUCUCACAUGUCGAGGCAUUAUGGCAUUUAGAGUUGCACAAUACGUUAGACAUUUUACACUUUUGAAGAGCAUUUCUUAUUGCAGUAGCAUUUUAUAAAGCUUUGUCCUCCAAAUUUAGAAUCUUUUGUACUCAUUUCUCUUAGAGACAGCUUAAUGUCUGGAAUAUCUUCGAAAUUAAGAAAAUUCUCUUUGCAUUCUCUUAUUUGAUUUCUUGAAACAAGUUUUAUCUUGUGUGAUACUCAAAAUAUUUCGAGCAUCUCCUUUGACUAUUUCAAAGCUGGGGAUAGGUAUUGUUACAGUUUUUCCGAUCGAAAUUGGAAGAAUUUUUUUUCACUUAAUUGUUUCAUAGCAAUAACCUGGCCAUGAAGACCUUCAAUCGCCUUUCCUAUAUUUAUUUUAAUCUUUUCUGUCUGUGUAACAAUACCUAUCCCCAGCUUUGAUAUUGCCAAAGGAGAUGCUCUAAAUAUUUUGGGUAUCAUAACAGCUAAAACAAUUGGCGGUGUAUAUAGAGGUGGUACGAAAUACGGAACAAUAAACAUUCUUUGUUCAAGAAAUCAAAUAAGAGAAUGCAAAGAGAAUUUUCUUAAUUUCGAAGAUGUUUCGAAGAAAAAUAAGUACAAAAGAUUCUAAAUUUGGAGGACAAGGCUUUAUAAAAUGCUACUGCAAUAAGAAAUGCUCUUCAAAAGUAUGUAUGUGUAAAAAGGGUCUAACAUAUUGUGCAACUCUAAAUGCCAUAAUGCCUCAACAUGUGAGAAUAAACACUAUUUUUUUAUUUUAAUUACGAUAAUACGAAAACAUUAAACAUUAAAUUUAAAAAAUGACGUUUUAUUAAACAUAAAUCUAACAAAUUACGACAUUUUAAUAGCUGAUCGGGGUUUGACUAGUCAAACCCCGAUUUCAUAAAACUAAAUUUCGACCUUUGCCUGACUAACUUAGUCUCUCCUAGGUUUGACUAGUCAAAGGCCGAAACCGUAAUUUAUUUCGGGCUUUGACUAAGACCGUCAGUCAGACCUGAGGAUUGCCUAGUCAAACCUAGGAGUGCCUGAAAUUCGGGCUUUGACUAUAACAUAUACAUUGAAUUGAUAAAGACACUAGAUUACUUUAUGGUUAAUAUAAAUAGAUAAUAGAUGCAUCCGGAUAUAAUUUUACCAAGAGAACAAAGAUCUUAUAAAAUCUAAUUUUGAGUGUAUAGUAUUAUAAAAAUGUAAUCUAUCAAAAUACUAUAUAACAUUAAUAUUUUGAGAGUACUGUCAUUUAUAAAAAAUUAGGCAUCUCAACUGGUUUGUAAUAAAGCGAUUACUGUAAAUAAAAUAUCAAUUUCAAGGCACAAAGUUAUUGCACUGAAUUAAGUCCUUAUUAUAGUAUAUAAAACCAUACUUCAAAAGAAUUUUGAAGUUAAAUUAUAGUGCCUUUUAUAGUGUUCAUAUAUAAAGGUAGUUAAGUUUUAAACUAAUCCGUCCAAAUUUUUUACCCUACCUAGGUAUUAGUCAUCCUUUUGUUUUUAGAGAUUUUAAUUAAAAAAAUCGUUCAUUCUACCAUAACUGUACACGGUGUUCGUUGAAUUGUAUUGACAAAACCGGAUUAAAAAUAUAAUUAGCAGGGAUGCGUGUAUCAAGAGCCGAAGAAAAUUUUAAUCUUUUUAUAAUAGCUGUAUUCGCGGAGCAAAUCCUGGAGUAAACCAGAGGGAGAACGCCUGCACAUUACAAUAUUACGCGUUCGCAGAGGUCGCAUUUUUCCCUCAGAACACCCUCCGGACGUAAAAUUCGGUGUUAAAAAAAAAAAAAAAAAACUGAACGUAUUCGGGAUACCCUCUAGACGUUCGAGGACUUUGUUUCGGAUUUUAAGUUCGUGCAAAAUAUUUGGGAAGAAUCUCUUGAAUUUCUUGAUAUUUUGUCUAAUUCUUAACCUAAGAUAUUGUUAAAUAACUUGCAGAUUCUGGUUUUUAAAGUUUUGAAAUUAUGUAAAGUGCUGUAUCAUUUAAAUAUUCUUCAAACAAAUUUUAAUAUUUUUAUAGUUCUUUUUUAGUUCUUUUUGUCAAUGUUUUCCAUCUAGAUGACCUUUUUUUAUAAGUAUUCUAUUAUUAUUAUUAUUAUCUUGUUACUUUUCGUUCGAUAAUUAUCUAUUACAGUAGUAUUAUAAUAAAUUGUACUUUGUAUGUCUACUUUGUAAACAACUUUAUUAAACACUGUUUUUACUUAAUGUCUUCUAUUUAGAUGAGCUUGUUUAUAAAUAUUCUUAUAGUUUAUUUUUCAUUUUAAUUUACGAGUUAAAUUAGUCCUCUGGAAUAUGUCUAGGAUAGGUUGACGUCUACGCCUUGGAAACUAAUCCCGAACUUACUUUGAAUAAGUUCGGGGUAUGCUCCGCGAAUACAGCUAUUCAGCGAAUAGUAUAUGAAGCGAAUCCCUCACAUAUAUCCUCAUUUUUUGGAUCCACUUUUUUUUCAGAUUUUGUACAAAAUGUAUUUGGAAACAUUUUUUUUGUAAUUCUUUUUAUAAAACGCAUUUUUACUUGUUUAUUUUUAAUUGUCGGAAUUACAUUUUUAUCGGGUUUGAUACGCAUAGUUUAAUGCACUACAAUGUUUUGUGUAAUUACUGGGUUCUCUUAAAUGUAACACCGUGUAUAUUUACCAGGAGCGUCAUUUGAAAUUUUGUUUGGGGGGGGGGGGGGGCAAGCACUAUAGAUACAAUACAUUAUAUAUGAUGUAAUGAUGAAUAUUGAUGUAUUUUUUGUAAAUUUCAGUCAUUUUCAGGGCCAGGGGGGGGGGGCAAAUGCUCCCCCUGGACGAACAAAUGACGCCCCUGAUAUUUACCAUUUAUUUUAUUUACUAAAUACCUAUACAUUUUUAUAUCUUAAAACGUGAAUAUAAUUCUGGUAGAUUUUAUGGCAGAAAAUAGACAAAGAUAUUUAAUUGUAUAUCAUAAAUCGUUUUUGUUAAUGUAGAACUGAAGUAACAAUAAUCCGUCCAAAUGGUAUUUUUUUGUUAAAUCUUUUUAUAUCUUUUUUAGAAGUUUUUAUAUUAUAUAUUUACAAUUUUAUUAUAUCAUGAAUUAAAAGAUCUGAAAUUUUUAUUGUUUCUAUAUUCAAAACACAUAGAAUUUAUGGAGUAUUGUUUUGUCGCUAUUUUCUCGCAUGUUUUGUUUUGUUUAUUCUAGAAUACAUGAAGAGAAGUAUCCGUACUUACUCAAAUGUGGUCUCGAGGUAAACCAAAUUACAAAAAACUCGAAGAUGUACCACAAGGUUAUUUUUUAUUGUUAAAAAACAUAUAUAAGGACGCGUUUCGGCUUAACACAAGCCAUCAUCAGCUUUUUUUUUUUUUGUCCUGUAUUUAAGCUGAUGAUGGCUUGUGUUAAGCCGAAACGCGUCCUUAUAUAUGUUUUUUAACAAUAAAAAAUAACCUUGUGGUACAUCUUCGAGUUUUUUGUAAUUUGGUUUAUUCUAGAAUAGUUAAACAAUGCUACAUAUUUAACUAGGUGUUUAAUCAUUUUUUAUAUAAUUAUUUUCAUGUAUAACGCUAGUAUCUUGUACUUUUGUAAAUAAAGUUUUACAAACGAGAA